AUGCUUGCAAGGAUGGACGAGCUCAUGGCCAUGGUGUCGAUAGCAACCAGUGACGAUGACUUUCGAGAAAAAAGGCAGCGCAUUGCCAAGAAGCUGCGAAGAACGUCCAUUGAGCUCAUGCGGACGAUAUCUGCAGGAAACGGCAAAGAAGACGACAUGAGCGGGAGCGAAGAGUGGGAAGGAGCAUCGGCGAUAUCCGAUUCACAGCGUGCCGCUACGAUCAAGGAGCUCUUUCAGCGCUCCCGCGAGGCAGACGAAGUUGCAAAGUUGGCAAAGCUCGUCUCCCUGCAGUCCAUCCAGCUGGAGGUCAGUGGGCAGCGAACCCAGGCAGCCGAACAGCGGUGCGAGGCACUGGAACAGCGUGCCAGAGCUGCAGAACACUGCGUCGAAGCCCUUGAGGCAGAGCUGGCACUGCGACGCCGUCGUGCCGAAGUGCUGGAGCUCCACAGAAGGAAGCUUGAAGCAGACAAUGUCGAACUGCAGAGACGCCUCCAGAACCUGCACCCCAAAAAGGAGAACAAAGAGGAUGCUUCCGCCGAGAGUCUGCACAAGCAGGCUACGCAACUCCUUGAAAAGCUAAGUCAGCCGCGAAGUGGCCAUUCACUCGCAGCCGGCUUCAUGGUUGAGGAAAGCGAACAAGUGGAUCAAAUUGGUCGAGGGAGAGCACAAGGGUCACGCGAAUUUGCAAGCGGACUCGUCUCCUCCCGGCAUCCUCGAGGUGAAGUCGAGGUGAGAUGGGCAGACUGGCAGUUGCAGUCCGGAUUGCAGCUGCAAUUUGAGCGAGCGCUCAAAGCCACACCGAUGAAGGAAGCUCCAAACGGGCAUUCCUCGGCUCCGACGCCGCGCUUCUCUAUGACAGGAGUCCAACAGAGCGCUCGACGAACAUUGCCUGCUCGAAUCGAGACGGCAAGGAGACCAUGGCAGGCCAAAACCUGGAAUGUGGCCUCUCCCUGGAAGGGGCGAAGGGAAAGUGAGGGGUGGCAGGGUUGCCCAGUGUCGUCGAACUUGUAG